GUGAUUUGUCACCUACUUGUAAAUGUUUUGGGGAACUUUUUAUAUUAGUAUAACAUAAUCGUCCAAACCUGCUAUUUCAUACUAAAUUUAGCUAAAUUUCCUCACUAAAUAGGGUCAGGUCUCACCAAUAUUGUAAAAAACUCAAACACCAAGUUCAGUACUCAGUGAGGGUUCACAAGGAAUACCUGUAAACAUUUCAGAUGCGAUUUUAAAGAUAUUAUUGAACCCAUGUCUCAAUCCUUAGUUUGUAAAGGAGGUGCUGAUGUCAGGUCACCAACAGGACUGGAGUGACACUGAAGGAACUGACAGACCUAAUGGUAGACUCUCGGGAACUGGUGAAGAAUGCCGUGAGUUUCUUUGCUGAGUCUUUUGUCUUGGCACCAAGGAGAUCUGACUCUAGCCUACCUGCACUCUUGUCUUCAUAGGUAGGAGUUAUCCUAUUUUGACCCAAGGCAUACUUCUCGCCUGAAGGCAGCAGAGCCAGCGUCUCUCUCGACGAUUUUCCAUUUCUCAGCUACUGAGGAGGUGAUUCCUGCCACUACCACUGACCGACAUCCAUCCUAGGUCAGAGGGUCUCUGACCCUGGUGCGCAGGGCCCCCUCAGGGCCUUCUCCCCUUGAGUCUCCCGUUGUGGAAGUUCUUCUGAGGGUGCAGAUUUUGUCAUCAACUCCUUAAGGAAUUUUUGUUGCCACCACCACUGAUCAAUAUCGGUGAGAUCUAAAGACCUCCGAUCCUGAGUUGAACAAUGUCCAUAACUGAAAAACUUGCAGCCUUACACAUCUCAGACUGUCAGAAUCAGCCUAGCAGGUCCAACACAUCCUCACCUGAAGACAUGGAAACGGACUGUUCCAGCUGGAAUGCCGAGCCUACAUUGAGUGAUAUACCCAAUCACACACUUUCUUUAGGACCAGUACCUGGUGCUGUCUAUUCAAAUCCGGCUGUACCUGAUAAAUCAGAGUCGUCACCACAAAAGGAUCAAGCCCUAGGUGAUGGCAUUGCUCCGCCACAGGAAAUUCUCUUUCCGUCAGAGAAAAUAUAUCUCAAGUGGCAGAAAACUCAAAGAGUUGGUGCUGGGCUUCAGAAUUUGGGCAAUACUUGUUUUGCCAAUGCAGCAUUGCAGUGUUUGACAUACACACCACCUCUUGCCAAUUAUAUGUUAUCACACGAACACUCCAGGACAUGUCAUGUAAAAGGAUUUUGUAUGAUGUGUACAAUGCAAGCGCAUAUUACCCAGGCACUCAGUCAUCCUGGGGAUGUUCUUAAACCCAUGUCUAUCAUCAAUGAAAUGGAGGAUGUAGCUACGCACUUCCAUUUUGGAAGCCAAGAAGAUGCCCAUGAAUUUCUUCAGUACAUUGUUGACGGUAUGCAGAAAGCAUGCUUGAAUGGCAGCAAUAAAUUAGAUAGACACACCCAGGCCACCACACUUGUUUGUCAGAUAUUUGGAGGAUACCUAAGAUCUAGAGUCAAAUGUUUAAAUUGCAAGGGCGUUUCAGAUACUUUUGAACCUUUUCUUGAUAUCACCUUGGAAAUAAAGGCUUCUCCGAGUGUUAACAAGGCAUUGGAGCAGUUUGUGAAGCCGGAACAACUAGAUGGAGAAAACGCCUACAAGUGCAGCAAAUGUAAAAAGAUGGUUCCAGCUUCAAAGAGGUUUACUAUACAUAGAUCAUCUAAUGUUCUUACACUGUCUCUGAAACGCUUUGCAAAUACUACUGGUGGAAAAAUUGCUAAGGAUGUGAAAUAUCCUGAGUAUCUUGAUAUUCGGCCAUACAUGUCUCAACAAAAUGGAGAACCCAUCAUUUAUGUUUUAUAUGCUGUGUUGGUCCACGCUGGAUUUAACUGCCAUUCAGGCCAUUACUUCUGUUACAUAAAAGCUAGCAAUGGCCUGUGGUAUCAAAUGAAUGACUCCAUCGUUUCUACUAGUGAUAUUAGAUCGGUACUCAGCCAGCAAGCAUAUGUGCUGUUUUAUAUCAGGUCCCAUGAUGUGAAAAAUGGAGGUGAGCUUACUACUCAUUCUGGCCACAGCCCUGGCCAGUCCUCUCCCCGCCCGGUCACCAGUCAGCGGGUUGUCACCAACAAGCAGGCUGCACCACGGUUCACUGGACCACAGCUUCCCUCUCACGUGAUGAAGAAUUCACCUCACUUGAAUGGGACUGGGCCACUGAAAGACACGCCAAGCAGUUCCAUGUCGAGUCCUAAUGGAAAUCCCAGUGUCAGCAGGGCCAGUUCUGUUAACGCUUCUACGUCGGUUCCAAACUGGUCCGUUAACAAGCCCUCUGUGGUUUCAGAACGCCCCAAGAAACGAAAAAUCACCAGGAUUCAUAACAAGUUGCAUGUUCGCCAAGCUCAGUCUCAGUCUAACCAUCAUAACAAUUCCUUGGAGGCCCCUAACAAGCCUGUUUCUUCUGCCAUCACUAACAGUUCUGCGAUACAAUCUACCUCGAAUGCAUCCACAAUGUCAAUUUCUAGUAAAGUAGCAAAAACACUCUCCCCAAGUGAGUCCUGCUCCGAGCCAGUGAUGAAUGGCAACUCCAAGGUGAGCUCCAGCAUGCUGGUCCCCUACAGUGCCGAGUCCUCCGAAGAGUCUGACGACGAGUUCAAGGGCCUGGCCAAGGAGAACGGCAUGGGCAGGAUGACUCCUGGUCACUCUGCUGACCACGAAGCUGACGAUGAUGGGGCCCUGCCACGUGAGCUUCCGGAGCCUGUCACUCUGAAUGGUGCUAACAGUUUAGACAGUGACCCAAAAGAAAAUGGCCUCCCAUUGGAGGGCGCCAGUUGUCAGGUCCAGCCCACUUUACACUCAGAAGAGCCCUCUUCUAAAGCACGCGGCCACCCUGAGAAGUUUAUAUCUGCUACUUUGCCCUCUCUUCUGGAAAACAAAGUCUUCAAACUUGGCAACAAAGGAAAAGGAUCAACAGAUGAAAUCAGUCCACCUGGAGCAGAGAAAAGUCCAUCAGGGGACCUUGCUGCGGAGCUUGAUGCUGGCAGUGCCACUGCUGGUUCCCAUGAGAAGCCUGACUCAAUCGUGAAUCUGUGCAACAAGUUUAAGAAAACUUUACUGUCCUCUGUUGACACCGUAAUCUCUGAAAAGAAGUUGUCUCAGCAAACAAAUCUCAAAUCUCCCAAAAAAGCUGUCUCAGAAAACAGUUCACCCAAACCUGAUGAGUCGUUGCCCAUCGUAAACAACCUUUGUAACGCCAACAAGACCCCCACGGGGGAUGAUCAACUUCCUGAACUUUGUGAUGUUGGGAAUUUAAAACGCAAAUGCAGUGAAAUCCCCAAAGAGGUCAAAAGGUUGUUUACUGAGAGCCUGCAGGGUUCUGCGCCAGCAGAAACAGUGGCAAAGCUGAGGCUGGCUCCCUCUAUACAUUUGGAAUCUGGAUGUGUUCACAAGGUCAUAAUUUACCUCGGCAAAGACCAGUGUGGUGACGCAAAGGCCCCGUUCCUGACCACAGGUUCAUCUGCUGACUUGCUGGCCUCUCUGCGAGUUAGCACCAUAGGUCCCCAUCCUAAGGGGGCCCAUGAGCAAAGUCACAGUCACAGGGAGAGGGUCAGCCAAGGUACGGUAGGAGAGAAAGUUCCAGAUCACCCUCCAGUGAAAGAGAAAAUCAUCAGCCUUAAAAAAGUUGACCGAGGACAUUACCGUAACCGUCGAGACCGCUCCUCCAGUGGUGAGCAGGUGCAGAAGAGUAGGAGUCGCAGUCCGAGGAGCAGGACGGAGGACCAUUGUCACAAAAAGCAGCACUCCUACAACAGAAGGCACAGGAAGCAGCAGUGCCAAACCCUGGAGCGUUGCAAUGGGAGUCAGCACCUGCUGUGCCAUGAUGAGAGGGGGAGCCCAGCCGAGCGCCGCUCUCUGAGCGGGUACAGCCACCACCACUCACGGAGCAGGAGCAGGAGCAGGGGCAGGGGCAGGAGCAAGGGCAGGGCUGACCAGGACUGGAGCCACUCUCGCCACUCAGACAGUAAGCGUGCUUGGCUCCAGGAGAAGUACUACCCUGAGAAGAUCAGGUGGGACAGAUGCAGGUACUACAAAAGGUACACCCCCUAUGCAGCCCGGGAGCCCAGUACGAAGCGGCCACACAGGGACUCUUCCCGGCCCAGGAAGAACUGGGAGCUGUCUGAAUGGGUCAGGGAGCUGAGCACAAUCCAAAGGCUGCGCGUAGGUGCCGCAGGCCCCUUCCCUCUGCACCCCGAGGGCUACCCCCAGGAGAAGGCUGCCUCCGGAGCGGGUGCCAGUAGUUGCAGCCUCUCUGACCGAUUUCAUGAGCAUGAAAGCAUGAAGUCACACAAACGGAAGAUCAGUGAGAUCAGUGAGAUCAGCAGUCCCAUGGACAAGAAAGCCCAUAGGAGCCUGUCGAAAGAAGACCUGGAGGAGCCAAAGGCAAAGAAGCGCAAAAAAUCGAAGAAGAAAAAGAAAUCCAAAGACAAACACCAAGAGCGUGACUACAGGCUGGAUCCAGUGUACUUCAAUGCUGACCUCCGAAGAUACAAAAAGAAAAAGAAAAAGAAAAAGAGGAACUCAGGGAGCUCAGAGGACUUUGAAGAAACAUCAGAACUGCACUCACCGAAAGCCAUAAACUAUGAGACUGUCUACCAUUUCCAGCAACCUGAGGGCAGCUUGCUGUAAUACUGGGCUCCCGCCUCAUCUGUGCCGACUCACAAGCCCUUGUGUGAUUGGUUUCCAUGUGUAGUUCGGAUACCUGGCACUGAUCUGUUAGCAUUGAAGGGUGGUUACGUGGAACUGGGAUUUAAUGGCACUCUGGGGGUCUGAGCAUUUGCCUCGAAAGAGAACUUUGUUUUUCAAGCAUUUUGGGUACCAAUGCUUUUGCACUGUUUGCUUUAUUCUCUUGAAUCCUUAAAGCAUCCAGGGUGUAUCCUAACUCAUAAUUUGAUCACAGGGAUCAUUAGUAAUGUGAGUUGCCACCUCUUGAGGCUCCUGAGAUCGCUCACUCCAGGCUACCAGGCAUCUUGGAUUCUUGGGUGUAGACUGGACCAGCUCUGCUCUGACUGCACUCGGGGCAGCCCCUUCUCCUAACUGGCUUUUCUGAGAAGAGUCCUGAGCUUGUUAAGAAGGGAAGUGACAGGACUAGGGGCCUAGGGGACAGGUUGGCAGGCUGCAUCCCAAAGGCUGGCCCUGUGCCUGUCCCCACGUCACCUGUGGGUUAAGAAUGGCUUUCAUGUUUUCAAAAAUUCCAGGGCCGGGGAUUUAGCUCAGUGGUUCUGCCACCUUCCUCACAAGCGCAAAGUCUUGAGUUUGAUCCCCGGUACCAAAAAAAAACUUUCAAAGAGGAGUAGUAUUUUGUUUCACCUGAACAGUGUGUGAUGGACUGUUUCCUCCUUUGUCUCUCACUCAAGAAGGCAGCAAAGCUCCCACCAUCAGUCAGCAGAGUCAUUGUUCGAUAAGCAUGAGAUGAGAAGCCCAUGUCACCAACCCAGAGUUAGCAGAGCCCAUCCUAAGAGCUCAGCACCUAGACCUAGAGGUCAUGCUGAGGCCGGGGUCACAGCCCUCACCUGAGGAGGCCACUCUGUUGCGAUGAGGUCCAGGUGACUUAGAGCAGAACCUUCACUGUGUCGAGGCUAUCUGAGUAACUUGUAUUCUGUGGUCCUGGGAGGCAGGGACUCGUAUUUCAUACUGUGCAUUUGUGGAGCGAAAGGGGAUGGCAACCAUUUAGCCCCUGAAAGGCAACUGCCCGUACGUGUGUCUUACCCAAUCAGGAAGGGCAAUUUUUUUUUUUUUUGGUACCGGGGAUUGAACUCAGGACCUUGCACUUGCAAGGCAGGCACUGGAACCACUGAGCUAAAUCCCUGGCCCUAGGAAGGGCAAUUUUAAAUGAAUUUCAAGGCGAAUUGUCUAUAGAAGAUUAGCAUGCAGUUGAUUAACAUGCUUUUUCUGUGUGUCCUCAAGGGAAAGCACCAAGCCUAAGGAACUCUGAACUCUUCCCGAGUGAAAGCAGGAUCUAGAGUCAACAUCUUCCACAGAAGCCAUCCCAGCUCAGCUUAAAUUAUAAACAUAAAUUUGUUCAAAUCUGCGUGGUGCUUCUUUACUAAAUACUGAACAGAUUUUACCAUGAAUUUUUUUUUAACCUUUUCUUAAUUGCCCUUAUUCCAAAAGGAUGAACACUUUCUACAACUGCUGACCAUUGUAAAAUACCGUGUAUAUAAAUCACAUUGAAAAUAAUGCCCUGGAAUAGAACAUCUCAAAUGCUGCUUAAUUACAGACUCAGGUUGAUUACUUGUUAUCUCAUGUAAUGUUCCUCCAAGUUAGACGUCUGGUGCAAGGCCAACCGGGAAACCAUGGAAUUAUUAAAAGUACAAACUGACAGUGCGUGUAUUUAAUUUAAAGGCUUAUUUAAAAAUGUACAAGCUCUCAACUAGACUUCUGAGGGCAGUCUGUUUUCUGUAUUGUCUGAUACUAGAAACUAAUUUGCUUCAUAUUUUAGUUGUAUUCAAGAUUUGAAAAUGUAUUUUAUAGACAAGUUCUGUUUUUGAACUUUGUGGAACUAUUCCAAUCAACCUACCAGUUAUGAUGAGUAUUCACAUUAUGAAUGUAUAAUCCAAACAUUAUUUGUAAAGCUUACAGUAUGUUUUUAUUAUAUAACUUUUUUAUACUGUGUCUCGUCAACUGUAUGAUUAUUGGAGUCUGAGUUGUCAGCUUGGUCCCUUAAAGUUUCUAGUUACAGACAAAAUCAUACUGUGAUUUUAUUUUUAAUAUGGAUAUGCUAUCAAACUGUGAUACUUAUAAUUCACUGGUCCUGCAUCAGGAGAUGGAGUGGGGAAAACUGUAUUUCUAUCUGAAUAAUCUGUAUGGUUUAUACAGUUUGUGUUGUUCAGAGAUGUCUAAAGUUUGAUCUUUGUUUUUUUAAAGAUUAAAAAAGCACUUGCCCCACUGUAAAUAUACAGCAUGUAAAAUUUAUAUAGACUAUAAAUGGCAGCAAAUUAAACAUUUUGUGUCAUUUUUUUA